AUGAACAAGGAGGUAGCAAUUAUACAGGAAAAAUGUCAGGAGUGUCGUUUGGCAAUAGAUAAGGAAGAAAGCUAUGCUGUGUUUGUUGUAGAAGAUUGGCGAGUUCCUUUCAUAGAAUACCUGACUCAGGAGAUCCUGCCAACUGACAGGACACUAGCCCACAAGCUCAAGAAACUAGUGGACAGAAGAUUGAUCAGUGACAAUGGGACCCCAUUCAUAAAUAAAGACAUGAAAGGGUUAACUGAAGCAUAUCACAUCAAACAUGGAAGGUCUACCCCAUACUACCCACAAGGAAACGGCCAAGCUGAGGCUACCAAUAGGGUAAUGUUGAAGAUCCUCAAGAAGAUGAAGCAUGAGUAUGGAGGGAAAUGGAGUGAUCAUUUGGCAGAUGUACUCUGGGCAUGUAGGAGCUCUGUAAAGACAGCCACAGGAUUCUCGCCAUUUUCCCUAGUCUAUGGAACAGAAGCUAUCAACCCCGUGGAAUUAGUUAUUCCUACACCAAGGGUAGUUCUUGAAGAAAGCCAAGAAGAAAGUGAGAACGCAAACAAUGAAAGAAGGCUGGCAGAUCUAGAAGGGGUAGAAGAAGAAAGAGAGCUAGCCAAGAAAAGAAGCCAGAGGUAUCAGUAA